CGUGCCAAUAACCCUGUGACGACCUUUUAGGGAAAAAUGGCGGCAAGUAGGAAAAUUUUGAUCUGCUUUUCUUCUUCUUUUCGGAGGUUUUGCUUCAUUUGUGGUCCGUAGACUGGCCGGGGACUGGCCGGUGUAACGCGGAUGUGUACGAGACCGAUCCAAGCUGUCCACAAACCGCUUAGGUAGGCGUUCGCUGGCUAAAAACGCCUUCCAUCUGUAAGUUUGAUACGCCAAAACACAGAGCGACCGCGGCGAGAGAACGAACGUUCAUCGAAGUUCGCGCUGGGUAUGUGUUACAACAAACUUCUUGUGAGAAUCCUUCGAGAUUGUAUAACUGGAUUUAUUCAAGACUUCAGCAAAGGGUAAUUCCAAUGAGACCGAAAUCAUAGAAGCUGAAAAGUUAUUUAUUUGACUCUCUUGAAAUAUCGGGACAUGGAAACCGAAACGUUGUUCUCGCUGGAAGUCGUUGUGGAGUCCGUGCACAUUCGAGGCGCGGCGGUACAAUGUCGUCUUCCCGCCGUGGCCUUCCGACUGCUCGACUUCCCAACCCUCCUGAUCCGGCACGACGUCACGGAGGCCGCCCUGCGCAUGAGGGAACUCGGGAUCCACUCCGACCCUACAUGGGCGCCCAUGGAGGAGGAACACGGGCAGACGGGCAGGUUUGAGUUCGGAAAGGGAAAGUCCUGUCUGCUGAGGAUGCAGCCCAAGGUUCUCCGUCAACAUCUGAAGAACAUCCCUCUCUACGUCAUGGUGAUUGACAGCUGGUCAGACGUGCCGCGAUUGGUGGGUAACAGUUCGGUCCCCCUGACGUCAUCCAUGGAACUGGUGUAUGAGGACAUCCAGACUGAUGGAAUCACAUCUCCCUCUGUACAUGGUGAGAAGGGAGAGUUUCCUCUACACAAUCUCAUGGGCACUCAGAUUGGUACGGUAGAAAUGGGAUAUCGCCUGAUGAGUCUGGGAACAAUGCUGAUGCAACAUGUCCCCAGGGGUGCCGUGAUGCAGCGCCGAGGGGUCGAAGGUCAUGAGGAAAGACAAGCACCUAAGGAGGCUGAAAUAGAAACACCAGCCUCUAAGCCAUCUGAGGGAGAUGUUCUCGUUGCUAAAGCUACCCAAUAUGAAUAUAAUCGUGCUGAUAGCCCACCUACUGUGGCCACCCAAACAGAAGUGGCACCAAAACACAGAAAAGUCAAAGUAAAGGAAGACAUGGACUCGAUGAGUGACAAUAAUAUCAUCUGCCCACCACCCCUCUUUUAUAACUCUAUGGCUGCUGAUCCACCACAGAAAGCACAAAAGCCCAAACCAGCACCACCUGCUGACCGCAUAUCGUAUGAAAUUGCAGAUUUCUACUCAGAAAUAGGAGAAUCCCCUGAAGAGGAAAACCAAGAUCCACAAAUCAGAGGUGUCAAAGUAGAAAAAGGAAUACAGACUUCUCAAAAUGUGAAGGUACAAGCUGAACAUGAAAGAAAUGAAAGCCCUCCUAUCAGUAUACCUACUGGCCUUCCUUUACUUCGCCAGUUGUUUUCAGAGUUGUCUGUUCUAGAAGGACGUUCAGUAGGCAUGCAUGUUUUUGAAAGUCAGCAUCGAUAUCCCACACCAAGAGAGGAGGCAAGUGAGAGGGUAUCUCGUCCGAAAACAGCACCUCCCAGGCGGCCUGCUCCACAAACAUCAGAAUGGGGCAAAAAGGAAAGUACAGGUAUAAUGCAUGGGUCACCCUUAAGGGUACGUCACAAGCCCUGCGCGCAAGGUGACCGACCCGUGCCCAAGACAAGAUCUUGGAUACGACAGGUGCCCCCGGCUCCCGUGCGCGGACGGGGACGGAGUAAGCUGAAAUAUGGCAUGACCCAUUCUCUGCGGCUACGCAUUCAGCAGUCCAACCCGGCAUGGCUGGAGAAGAUGGAAGGGGAAAGAACGGCACAGCAGCACGAAGUGAAUCGACCUCAAAGACUUCCUCGUAGACCACUGGAACAGCUUCAACAGCCGUCCCAACAGCGACCGAGCGAACAAACAGUCACAGUAUCUAGAAGACCGGAGCAAAGGGAUUUCAGAGAUGGACAUGGAGGAGAGGUUCGCAGUCUGGUAGGUGAGUCAGGUGUUCUGUUUGACAGAGCUGAAGAACAACAUGAGACGCGAAGGAAACCUGUGCCAACGCCCAGACAGCGUAGUCAGUCAGACACAGAGCACCUUGACCAAGAAGAGGCACCGUUGCCUUUCGACAAAUCGCUUGUAGAAAUGGAGACGCCGAAAGUAGACAUGGGCUUGGUCACUGCGGGAAGUUCAGAGUCAGAGAACCAGAGCAAGAAAAGUAUCCAGGUGUUCCUGCCCAUCGUACCAAAUCAGGAUGACAGUGAGAUGCCUGAUGACUCAUUAGAUCAGCAAGAUUCAGAGGAAAAACAGGCAGAAAAGUCAGAAAGGAAACAAGAUCUGAGCCGUCAGGAUGUUGCAUCUGAGCCAGAAUCUGGUCACAGCUAUUCCGAAGACUUUGAAACUCAUGACGAAUACUCAACUGCAGCUAGUCAUGUGUCUCACGACGUUACACCUGGGUCAGUUGAAUCUGAUUCACCAUCGCCACCUUCUCAGGCGUCAACUACUGUAGAAAAACGUCGGGAGUCAAUUUUAAAACCUAAACAAGAUGCUUCAGAAGACCGCCAAUCGCCAGACUCCGUAGCCUCUGGUCGGUCGGACAGGUCCCGACACUCAGCUUUCAGUCAGGCAUCUUCCCGUCCCCGAGCCGGGAGCUUUGGACUUGGAGCCCCGCCCCCACCCACUCCCUCCAAGUCUCCGGUCAUGGGUCUAUCGUUCAAGAAGCCCCUUCCCACUGAUACCAGGACAUCUAAUGAUGAGGACUCACAGGCAAACGCAGACAGGGGCGGAAGUAAUCGUCCGCCGCCAAGAAUUCUCCCACGAGACAGGAAGAUAUCUACCAACACUGCAUCUGUCAGUAGUUAUGUACCAUCACACUUGUCUUCUGACCUGGAGAACCUAAGCACAGAUGGAUCCAUAGACUUUUAAAUACUCUCUCACAAUUAAAUGUGUAAGUACUGUAUAUCCUUACAGUAAGAGGAUCUCAGUUUUGUUUAUAGUGUUAUGCUUUUAGUAUCAAAGUUUUUAUUUUGUUUGGUUUUAUCGUAAUUCAACUUUGUGGGCAGAUGGUAGCUUGCUCGUACUAUAUUUCAAUGUGAACAAAGCAGUGGAUGAUUAUCAACAUUGAUAAAAGACUGAAUUGUAGCAAUCUUCUGCCAAUAUGGUGUUUGUGAUGUAAAGAUAUACUACAGACUGAUGCAUACAUUCCAUUACAAAAAGGAAGAUGCAGUUGUAACCUCUGUCAAUAUGAGUUAAUAGUAAAAUAAAUGUUGACCAAUGGUCAUGUUUUGUGUUGUUUUGCUAUACUAAUGAGUGGGUACCAUGAUUUUUAUAUAUGGUCUUUUUAUUUUCUAUUAGUCAUGAACAAGUUCACGAAAAGAACUACUACUUUUAGGCAUGCCCCAAUAGUUUCUACCUGGCUGAUUUCUAUUCAGAUAUAUGUCACAGGGGAGAUUGGAAUCCAGGGGGAUCCGGGAUCCUCCUAGGGGAGAUUUGAAUCCCUAUCUCCCCUAGGAGAAUCUAGAAUCCUCCUAGGGGAGAAGGGGAUUCUAGUCUCCCCUAGGGGAGACUGGAAUCCUCCAAGGGGAAUCUGGAAACCUCCUAGGAGAUUGGAAUCGUGAUAUUCAGAUCCUAAUUCAGUAGUAGAAAUACUAGAACUCAGAUUGAAUCAUUUCACACCUAAACUUUCAAUCAAUUUCAGCAUAGGCAAGCCUAUUACUAUAAUUGUAGGUGAAUUACUAGAUUGGAAUCAAGAUUUGUCCUGGCAUAACUUGCAGCUCUCAUUCCAUCAUUGCAAUCUUUCCUAACUUAGACCCAAAUCACUUUGACUGGCUUGGCAGGGGGAAACAAUCCCUUAUAUACCAAGUCACUAACAAACUGGAAAAACUGGCUUUUGAGCCACUACUAGUAUCUUACAAUAGCCGGAUGCAAAUAUCUUAGCCUGAUUUACAUAUUCACCUAUGCUGAAAUUGAUUGAAAGUUUAGGUGAAAUAACUCAGUCUAUUUUCCAAAGCAUUUUGAUGCAAUCAGAAUUUCUCCUUUUAAAAUUGGAGAUUGUCCUGUAAGAAUUCCCACUUGUCCUAGGACAAAUUGUAAUCCCUUUCUCCCCUAGGAGAAUUGGGAAUCCUCCUAGGAGAGAUUGGAAUUCAGAUCACAGUUUUGUACGAAAAAAAACUUGAAUUCCAGAUUCCCAGGGGAGAUAGGGUUUCCAAUUUCCCCUAGGAGGAUUCCGGACCCCCCUGGAUUCCCAUCUCGCCAGUGACAUAUACAUGUACUAGUAUAACAGUUACUGUAAUGAAUGUGGAUAGUUUCCUUUUUUGUUUGGACUCCCAUUCUGAACGGCCCGAAAGCAUGUGUUGAGGUUAUUUAGACAAGUCUACAGGGUUAUUAUGCAAGCAAACCCGAAUACACUAGCCUGGGUACCAUCCGGAUUUUCGCUACGCAACGCUCGAUUUUUUAUAUAUGGUCUUUUUAUUUUCUAUUAGUCAUGAACAAGUUCACGAAAAGAACUACUAC